CGCGGCAGGCGUGGCUGGGAGCGCGUCGCCGAGGCGGGUUGGGCUCUCAGACCUCUGGGAGGGCGCCCGCUUGGCUUGAGGUACCCGGUUCCUGCUCCCUGCCCUCAGUGAGCUACCUCACGGGCGCCACCAUGACAGGCAGCCUCUGUGUCCCCGUGCUCCUGGCCGCCUGGCUCGCGGCGGCAGCGGCCGAUGGCCUCGAGCAGGCCGCGCAGCCGGCGGCGGAGAGCCGGGUGCAGCCCAUGACCGCCUCCAACUGGACGCUGGUGAUGGAAGGCGAGUGGAUGCUGAAAUUUUAUGCCCCCUGGUGUCCAUCUUGCCAGCAGACUGAUUCUGAAUGGGAGACUUUUGCAAAGAAUGGAGAAACACUUCAGAUCAGUGUGGGAAAGGUGGACGUCAUUCAAGAACCAGGUUUGAGCGGCCGCUUCUUUGUCACCACUCUCCCAGCCUUUUUUCAUGCAAAAGAUGGGAUAUUCCGCCGUUACCGUGGCCCAGGAAUCUAUGAAGACUUACAGAAUUACAUCUUAGAGAAAAAAUGGCAAUCAGUUGAGCCUCUUACUGGCUGGAAAUCACCAGCUUCUCUAACGAUGUCUGGAAUGGCUGGUCUUUUCAGCAUCUCUGGCAAGAUUUGGCACCUUCACAACUAUUUCACAGUGACUCUUGGAAUUCCUGCAUGGUGUUCUUACGUCUUUUUCGUCAUUGCUACUUUGGUGUUUGGCCUGUUCAUGGGUCUGGUCCUGGUGGUAAUCUCAGAAUGCUUCUAUGUGCCACUUCCAAGAGUUUCAUCUGAACGCUCUGAGCAGGAUCAGAGGCCGGAGGAUGUUCAUGGAGCUGAGCAGCUGCAGGAUGCAGAAGAAGAAAAGGAUGACUCAAAUGAAGAAGAAAACAAAGACAGUCUUGUGGAUGAUGAGGAAGAGAAAGAGGACCUUGUAGAUGAGGAUGAAGUAGAGGAAUAUGAGGAAGAGGACAACCUGGCAGGCAUCAUGGAUGAGGAAAGAAGUGACGCCAAUGACCAAGAAGUACUACAGGAAGGCAGUGUGUCCCAGAAGGAACGUGAAGCUGAUGAAGCUCAUUCAGUGGAUAUGCAGGAGGUGGUGGAAGACUCACUGAGGCAGCGCAAGAGUCAGCAUGCAAACAAGGGACCAUAGAUUUCAUGAUGCCAUUUCUAAAAAUAUAGGCAAGAAAAAUAAGUCUGCUUCCCUCUGGUCUGCAGUUUAAGCCAAAUCCUUAGUUUCUAUUUAGUAUUUAAUUUUUUUUCAUGAAUGAACAGUGUUUACUCUUAAAAGAUGAUCUCUGGUCCUGUGGUCACAUGGUAGUAAGCCUCUGUGUCCUAAAGAGAGCCAGGGACAGCACUCAGCCACCAUGGUGUAAGGAUCUUUGCAGGGUUUUAGGUGAAGAACAAGUUGAUAUACUUGGGGGCCAAAAAGUCAACCAGAGGACUCCUCUCCAGUCCUCCAUAGCACCUUUAGAAACGAGGCUGCUGGCCUAAAUAAAAUGAGAGCAAAACCACAUUGGUCCUGAACACCCUGGAAGUACAGGAAAAAUCUCAAUGGUUAAGCAUUGUUUUUGUCAUGUAAGAAACAUUGGGUACUAUGCCCCCCCAAACACUCUCUUGGGGCCAGAAAUUCUAGAGACCUAGGUAUAGAUACAACUUGAGAAAGAUGCUGGUGAGUCAUCUGAGCUCUCUUGGUCUCUGUUUUAUUUUCUCCAUUUAAUUCCUGUGGCUUCUUCACUGUGGGACUGAAGAUUACCGCAUGUUUCAUAACUGCUCUGUAGUGAGAGCAGCAGAUAGCAGGAUCCAUUACUCUCAUUUGACUUAAAGCUUUAGGUAAUCAGUAACCACUGUUGAUGAGGCUUGGACUGCCAAGUAUCUCAAAAGCAUGCAAUCUUUGGAAAUUCAAAAGGUAGUAGGUGUUUUAUAGGGCCAGUACAGACAAAUAGCUGGUUUUGGUCAGCCUGUAAUACUUCCAGGAUAACUUCUUCAAGAGUUCGUUUAGCCACAUUCUUUGUUUUUCUGAACCCCAAAGUGUGCUGGCUUCAGGUCUGUGUUGUUUAGUUUCCACCUCAAGGGGUUCCUGCCUCAAGAACCACUUUAAUAAUAACUGAGAAACAUGUCUACUUUCCUUUCAGUGAUGUGCUUUUGGUGAAAAAAAUUUACGAAAGUCAAUUUCAAGAGAUGAAAGAUUUGAUUUUGGUUUUGUCUUCCUUAAUUCUCGAGAGAAUUAUAUCAUUAUCUCUAUCUACUCAGUCUGGUAUCAGUAUCAAGCAAUCCCAGCAUCUUAAAAAAAAAAAUCUCUCCAACUCCUCUCUUACCCUUUCAGGCCUUAGAAUAAAUUCAUAAAGUCAACUAGGUAUAUGAAAUAUGCCUAAAGUCAAUCUUCUAUGUAACCCUUCGAUUGAGUCAGAAUAAUGAGUCUGUCUUGUUUAAAAAAGGUUAUGCAGUUUUCUCUGUAUUAGCUGCAAACAGGAGGUUCACUGGUGAUAGGGUUCAGAAUCUGCCCCCCUCACUGCAUGAUGCUGCUACAAACCUUGCACAAAGGAAGAUUUUCUUGUGACAAUCCAUUCUUUAUAAAUGUUUUUAUUUCAUCUUUGUAACGUAGUUAACUGUUAACUCAAGGCUGAGGCCAUCAUAGAACAAAGGAAAAGGUGACCUUCCUGCCCUUCCAUGUUCCUGUCCUCUGACACAUCUUUACUCAAAAGACCUAUGGUUCUGUGGUGCCCUUUGUCUUCCUGCUAGAGCUAAGAUGUUCCUUCUCUCCUGCCAGUGGAUUUCUUCUCUUGUUACAGUAACCGAGGUCAGUCUAGUGGGAAAGGGAAGACUCCGUGUCUCUGUUCUGAGUAGUACCCCUCCUGCAAACUGAAGUACUGGAUUUUAAUGGGAUGUUUAACUAGAGGGAAGGCUUGAGAAUUAGUCUGCCUUGGCUUUUAGAAAUGUAUCAAAGCCAGUUUCCAAUUAGAUCAAACAGUACUUAAUAAUAAGUGAGAUUAUACAUUUCCUUUCUUAAAAAUACUUAAAAUAAGUAGGAAAGUAGGAGAAAAAAGUCAUAAAGAAGAAGGUCCAGUCCAGUAAAAUUAUAUUUAUCUGUAGGAAUUAUUUUUCCUAGCCUUUCCUUUUUUUAACAUCCUGGCAAAAAAUUGGAUUUCUAGUAAAUAGUCCAGUAAGUACUUACUAAUUUAAUUUCUUUCCAUUUGAAGCCUUUAGGUUUAUUUUCAAUACUUAUUUGAUAUAAAAUUAAAGGAGAAAAGUCAACUUAAAAUUAGAUCAUCAUUUAAUAUGCUUUAUUUUUGUGUACAUAAUAAAUUUAAUCCAGAAGUUAAGUGCAUGGAAAAAUGAUUUUAUAUAUAUAUAUAUAUAUAUAUAUAUAAACUAACUAUGCUUCUCCUCCACUGCCAUAUCUGCUAUUUAAUUAUAGAAUACUAUUUUCGGUAUGUUAAAAUUGGGUAAAUGAGAUAGUAACUGUGGAAUAAGGGUGUGCAGUGCUUUAUGUACAGAUAGUUAGGAUAAGGUGCCUUGUUCUUUAUUGGAAUGUCUGAAAACUAGUUACCUCUCUCUUUUUAAAUUUCUUUUACUGUUCAUUUCUUUAUUUGUGCUAUACCAUGCCAGCUUGCUUAGAAUCUCAUGGAGGCAGUGCACAGGAAAUUUCACUUUUUUGUUGUUUUUAUUGUUUUGUUUUGAAGGAUAAUCAUGGAACAGAUAAGGGGUGGCUCAUUUACUUCACAGCCAUUGAACUGCAUGGUAGUCACUACAGUCUCAUCUUGUAGUAGAAUCUGUACCUGUUAUCUAAUAACUAGUGCAAUAGAAGGGAAAGAAGCUUGAGACAGAUCAGCUUUGACAUUUGAGAAAGCCACACGUUUACUUUUUAGGUGCAAACCCGUGACUUAUAAUUAAGACAUCGUCACCUGGUUUGAGUGUGUGUAAGCUUGAAUAAGUAUAUCUUGUAACAUCUUUUGGGGAGGUAAUUAAAAUGCUAGUUAAAGGCAUAUCUACUGUGUGACAUUUUGCAAGAUGGGAAACAAUAGAGUCUAAAGGAAAAUUUUAAAGGAUUAAAAAGGGUGAAUGUUCUUUCAGCAUAAAAUCCUAAGCCUCAAGUGAGAGAAAGAAGGGGAGAUGAGUACUUUUGCUGGUGUUUGCAGGUUUUCUGUGUUCUUCCUUUUAUUUUCCUGCUGUUAUUUCUGCCAGUAUUGUAUUUGUGCAAUUGACUAGCUGUCAGAUCUGUCAACUGUUUGGAAAGUAUUUGUGUAAAUAUUUGUGCCAACAGAGACUCUCGCAGUAUUGUGUCUCAUUACCUCAUUCUUGGAUUUGAUCCUCUUGAGAUUGUAGCUUAUCUGAUAGAAGCCAAGGUUGAGUCUGAUGAAACCUGCUGGAUUAGUUCUUUGAGCAGCUACUCAAAGCAGAGAUUCAACUUAGAGAAACCUUGGCCACCUUCAGCCUAGCACAUGGACCUUACAGGCAUAUUCUCUAGAGUUGUGUGUAGACUGUGGUUCUGUUUACAUGUGGCUGUGACUUGUUUCUAAUGUGGUUGAAUUUUGUUUCUAGACCGCUUUGUAUAAGUGCAAUUUUUAUACUAAAACUGUUCAUUUGUAAGUCUGUACAUUAUAAAAUGUCUAUGUUUAUUCUUUGUAUUAAUUUUGAUUAUUUAUCCCACUGUAUUUAUUUUACUUUAUCUAUGUAUUCUGUGCUCUCUCAAAUAGAUGUGUAGCAACUGAAAUAAGGAAUCAGUGUAUUGUUUCAAGUACUGCAUUGCCUGCAUUACAAAGUCUCUGAUCAGGGGAUUGUACAUAACCUUGAGCCUACAUACUGCCAUUUUUAUUGUGUCAAAAUUUAAUUAAUGGUAGUGAUGACCAAUGAAACAGAAUGGUGUAUUGCUUUUUCAUAAAUAUUUUCACACAAAAGUAUUUGUGGAGGCAGUUGAAAAUAUUACUUUGUUAAGAAAAUAAUUUUCUUCUGUGUUUAUUCUCUGACUUCAUUUUCCACCUCUUUUACCUGAACUUGGUGAAAUCUCUGCCAUGUGCUCAAGGUUAAUGCCAAAGAUAUGAGGGCUUCUCGACACAUCACAGUCUUUGUAAUGUCUGGAAAGUCUCAGGGUACUUGCCAUGGCCAGGGCUGGCAUUUAGUAAGUGACUGCUGUUUUUCCAAGAUGCUGGCCUUCCUGGUCUCCUAGGAUUUAUAGAAGACUCUUCUUUCAACUUACCUGUUCCCAGCACUGCAGCAAUCAGAAGUACAGAGGCGUAAAGGACUUUCCAAGUGCUGAUUUUGAAACAGUGGAAAGCAACGUUAUUCCACACCAGCCACUGAGCAGCCUCUUGCUCCUGGCUCCUGGUACCACCCCAUUCCAGAGAUACAAACCUUCAGCAAAUGACCCACAUUCCAUGGGUCUCUCUUCACUAUGGGGAUAACAGGUGUUAUCAUGGAGCCAUUCUUUUCAUCUACGAGUUGCUUUAUCGAGAGUGGAAAUGGAUGUACCCUCACUCUGUCUUCUGCUCCUCUUGGUCACCAACAUUGUGGGGAUUUUACAUGACAAUUCACUAGGCUCUGGGUGUCUUACACAUGGAGUCCUAGUAACACAUUUUUCUCACUGGAUACUGUACUGUCUACCAAAUCUAUUUUGAGGUUCUGUACCCAGUGUAAGAUGCUUUGAUUUUAUCCUAUAUGCCAUUCACUCAGUGGAGCUUUGUAAAACACAAGCUAAGGCAGUUGUCCAAAGAAUCUGGCUAUAUGAAGGUUAUUAUUGGAUGGUAAUCCUCAUGGCAGUGUAGAAAAUGACUGAAACUAGGCAAAGAACUACUCAAAAGGAUUUACAUGAGUCAAGAACAACAAUGACCUUCUAGAAGCCAGGGAAGCUCAUCUACUUUCUUGCUUGUUAGAGAUUCAUAUUUAUGUAAUUGGAAUUAUUUAGUGGCAUUUUAUUUGUAUUUUAAUAAAUGAAGAUUACCUAAAAACCAGAAAAGUAAAACAACCACACUGGCCAGCCUUACUGACCAGGCAGCAAUGACACACACCUUUAAUCUCAGUAGCUACAAUGACACACAUUUUUAAUCCCACUAGCCACACUAGCUUGCCAUAGAAACCAGGUGGUAGUGGUAUGAGCCAUUAAUCCCAGGACUACCGAAGAUUAUAAAAUGGGAGGAGAUGACUCUCAGUCACAGUCUCACUCUGAGAUUCCUGGAGGCAGGACAUUUUUGGACUGAAGUCAAGCAGGUGCAUUGUACAAGUGUAGCAGGAAAAUGAGAAUGAAGUUCACUGUGGGCGCCAAAAUAAAGAGCAAAAAUAUAAAUUGUUGGAAGACCUAGCUGGAGGUAGAC